AUGAAUAAUCGACCUACAAGUCCUAUGGUCCCCGGUCAGCAGCAGUUGGUCCAACACCCCGCUCCACUAAGCCACCACAAUAUUCCAUAUCAGCCUGGAGGUCUACAACAGCAGAUGAAUCCCCCUGGCUACGGUAUGCAGCAAUCACAGCAAAUGGGCCAAGGCCACGGCAUGAGUAUGGCGCAGGGAUUUGCGGCACGGAAUCCCGCCGAGUUCCAUAACACGGACCGGAACAGGGCGCAGCUUAUCGUUGGUAUCGACUUCGGUACCACCUUCUCAGGUGUCGCAUUUGCCUUUGCGACAAACAACGAGGCCAGAGAAGACAUUAUCACAGAAUGGCCGGGCGCAGGAACACAUACCAAACAAAAGAUUCCCACCGUUCUCUAUUAUGAUCAGUACCAGAAAGUCGUGGGCUGGGGUCCAGAUAUUGCCGAGGCGCUGGCGCCCACCGGGUACCCAAAGCCUGGCGUGCAGAAAGUGGAAUGGUUUAAAUUGCAGCUGAUGCUGUCUGGGAACACUUACAUUGAUCCUAUCAACUUGCCUCCACUUCCCCCGGGUAAGACGGAAAUCGAUGUGGCUGCCGACUAUCUAUUCAAGCUGCGCCAGGCUAUGCGGGCUCAAUUACAGAAGACACUGGGUGAAGUCUUUACUCGUGAGGAGCGCAACAUCCGGUACUAUCUUACUGUGCCGGCCAUCUGGAACGAUGCGGGCAAGGCGGCUACCCGUACUGCCGCCAUUCAGGCAGGUUUCCUGCGUGGAGAGGAUGACAACCGUCUGACCCUGAUCUCGGAACCAGAGGCAGCUGCCCUGUUCUGUGCUAAGACUGGUCUGCUGAACUUGAAGGUUGGCGAUGCCAUCCUUAUCGUCGACUGUGGUGGUGGUACUGUGGAUUUGAUCGCAUACGAGGUUGAAGAGGAGCAGCCUUUCAGUGUUGCGGAAUGCACUGCAGGUUCCGGAGAUUCUUGCGGUUCAACGGCUCUCAACCGAAACUUCAGCAACAUCCUACGCGCAAAAAUUCGCAAGAUGAAGCUGCCCGAUGGCUCUCGAACAGCUGGCAAGGUGUAUGCAAAGUGUAUCAUGGACUUUGAGAACCGUAUUAAGGCAGACUUCCGCAACAACGGCCAGAAAUGGGCCGUGGAUGUUGGUAUCGAGGCAGACUUUCCCGAUGCGGGAAUUGAGGAGGGUUACAUGACGUUUACCAACGAGGAGAUCCUCCAGUGCUUUGAGCCUGUAGUGAACCGCAUUCUGGAGCUGGUCCGGAACCAGAUCAUCGCUAUUCAAGCACAGAACAAGCUGCUCCAGAACGUUCUUGUUGUUGGUGGAUUCGGUGCCUCGGAAUACCUGUUCCAGCAGAUUAAGCUUCACGUGCCUCCCCAGUACCAGACUAAGGUUGUUCGACCCAUGGACUCUGUGGCUGCCAUUGUCAAGGGUGCUGUGACGGCAGGUAUCACGGAGCGCGUGAUUACCCACCGUGUCGCCCGUCGGCACUACCUGAUGGCCACCCUCCAGCCCUUCAAGGAGGGAUACCACCCGGAGCAGUACCGGGUACCCAGUCUGGAUGGUCGUGACCGUUGCAAGUACACUCGCCAGAUUUUUGUGCAGAAGGGCGAGCGUGUCAAGAUCGGAGAGCCGGUCAAGGUCAGCUUCUUCCGACAAGUUGCCCCCGGUGCCACUCUCAUGUACGAGGAUGUGCUGUAUGCCUGUGACGAAGACGUGUGCCCGGAAUACACUAAGGAUCCUCGUAUCAAGGAACUAGUCACUCUCACUUCGGACUUGUCGCGCAAGAAUCUUGAGACCGACUUUGAGCGCAUGGAUACUCCUCAAGGUGUCUUCUACCGUGUCUACUUUGACAUCUAUUUGACCCUUGACGGCAGUGAAUUCAGCGCCGAGUUGGUCUGCCAAAACGAGAUUAUGGGUCGCUGCCGCGCCAAGUUCCGUUAA